UUGGAAAAGGUACUAACUGAUGACGAAAUCGACGACGACAAGGUGAAUAAAUUGCUCGACCAGUGGGAGAAAGACUACCCCAAGGAAAAACCAAUGGUGAUUAGAGCGAGAAAGGAAUGUUUGGACGGGAAAUAUAGGGAAUACAUUAGCAAGCACGAUUGCAUAGAGUCGAAGUUAUACGAUUGCGUGUUUGUAAACGUACUCGUGGAUUGCCAAUCAUGGCGCGAAGACGCCGAGUGCGCUGAAGUGAAGGAACACGCGCAGAAGUGCAAGGACGCUCAAGACAUGGAAUAA